AUGGGAGAGAAUAAGGGUGGAGUUAAAUCUGUGCACAGUCAGAGAAAUCGAGCACUAACUGGUGCCAUUUUACGCUCGAUCUCUGAUCGCACCUAUGGGAUAGCUAUAAUUGAAACUUUGUUCUCUACUUUCUCGUUGCUAGCACUGGCGCUGGUAGCAAGGCAAGCACUGCUGACCACUGUGAUUUACACCAGCCUGACGGUGGUGACGACUGCUUCACCGGGCCCCGGAGGCUCAGGAGCCAACAACUUCGAGCCGCCAGAGAAGGUGGUUAACCCUGGCGAGAGUCUGAGUAUUCCCUGCUUUCUGGAGACCCCUGGCGGCAGCGUGCAGUGGAUGCGCAAUGGCCACCCCGUCGUGCUUGACGUGGGCUCGGGUGGCGCCGGAGGAGUCAGCCGACGCCAGUGGAACAUCUCUCGCGACGGAACAGCUGCACUCACUAUCACGCAGGUGACACGGGCUGACGAUGGCCUGUGGGAGUGCCGAGAGUUUGGUGACGAUGACUCCGUCAGGAGGGUUACCAAGGUGCUCAAACUGGUCGUCACGGGCGCCCCUGAGGAACCGUUCCUCACUCUGGGAGGCGAGCGACUGCGAGAGGGCUCCCGCGUCACCGUCCAAGAGCGUGAGGAGGUGGACGUCGGUUGCGUGGCGCGUCGUGCCGUGCCAGCCGUCCGACACAUGCACUGGAUGCUGGGAGAGACCAACAUGACCGGGGCCAGCCAGUUGUUCGUCGAGUUCUCUCCGCAGGAGGACUCGUACACCACGCGUAGUGUGCUCAGCCUCAACGCGUCGCGGGACCUGCACGGGCUCCAGCUUUCCUGCCACGUGUACCACGUGUCGUGGCCAACCUCUACGGCCGUCGCCGCCUCGCUCGAUGUUCUAUAUGUGCCGUCCUUCUCGAUCUCCCGGGAGCCGGGCUUCGGUUUCCCUAUCUUGGAGAAGAUGCCCGUUUCAUUGCAUUGCGCUGUGGACUCCAAUCCGCCAUGCGCGCCCCGCUGGCUAAAGGACGACGGGCCUCCUCCCGUACCUCAAAGCCCUGACGGUUACCUCAACUUCUCAGCCAUUGAGCGGCAGCACGCCGGCUGGUACCGCUGUGCCGCUGUCCAUCGCCUAGGAACGUUUGCAUCAUUCGGAUAUUUUCUCAACGUGCGAUACGGCCCUGAGAUCGUCGAUCAGCCGCCGUCUAAAGUGUCGGCCGACUAUGGCGAGCCCGUGCAGCUGGACUGCAAGGCCGACGGCAAGCCGCCCCCUUCCUAUUGCUGGACGCGUGUGCGCUCGGGCCGGCUCGAGAGCAUGGCCUCCGAGAGCUCGCUCCUGCUGGACCCGGUGUUGUACUCGGAUGCCGGCAGCUACCAGUGCACGGCUACAAACCACAUGGGUUGGAAAGAGGAGCGGGCCCGCACACGGGACAUCCUGCUCACCAUCUCAGGGCGGCCUGACGUCAAAGCACUGAACAAAAGCCUGAUGGCAAUCGUGGGAAAACCGGUCAGGAUAUCUGUUCUGGUUUGUGCCAACCCACCGCCGACACGAGCUUAUUGGAUUGUGAGACGCCUGCUGCUCAGUCCCGGGGAAGCGGCUCUCACACAUUAUGUUGCCCAUAACUACAGUAGUGCCGACACAUCAUUUUGCAGAAUCACAUCUCUGGAGAUUAGGUCGGUUCACCCCGAAGACGCCGGGGAAAUAUUGUUUGUUGCCAGAAACUCGAAAGGCAUUGAUGAUGCUACUAUUAUCCUCAACGUCACACAUCAGGCUGGCUUCUCUUUCACUGAGGAGAACUCUUUCGCAGAGAAGCUGGAAAUUACCUGGAUGUUGACAACGUGGUUGAGCGUAGCUGUGGCCUUGUCCGACAGACUAGGACGUGGUGCAAGCUGACACAGAUCUUAAAGAGUAUUUAAACCACGUGCGAGCACAUGAACGUCCCACAGGCACCACAUGAGGUGUGCAUGUACCUGCCACGAAGACACAGUGUAACAGCUGCGCAGGGAAGAACAAUGCCGAACGUUCUUCAGCCAAUCGGGUGCCACAAGCGAGUACGUCGUCGCCAACUUACAAGGGCUGAGCGUCCAUACACUGGCAGCACAAUACCACAGACAAAGUCAAUGUUUCUAUAAACGUCGUGCCGAGGAGGGAUAAAAUUGUGAUAAUCCUCCACACUAUAUUGUACAUGAUGGAAAUGUUGUGGGUUUUGUGUUGAAAAUGUUUAUUACCUGUAAAAAAAAUGUUGCAAAAUAAAGUAGAGGUGAUAUUCACAAUCAA